AAUAAAUCGUGACAGAUAUUCAGUUGUAGAUCAGUUCUCAGGCAGGUCAUUAAAUAAAGUAAAAAGCCAAACUAUGACCAAUUUGUAUAAGCCAUUUUUACUGGUGAUAUUUGCCGCAAGUGUUUUAUCGGCUUCAUAUAGCUCGUAUCCCAGUGAAUAUGAUCCAUGUCUGGCACAGCGCAGAUGUUCCUUAGAAGAAUUUAUUGUCCGAGCUGUGGAUAACAAUAAGCAAUGCCUUUUGUUUCGAAACGAUUGUUUGUUUCUGAAUGAAGUGUGUGCGAGACGUGCCAAUAAUCAACCAGCCCUCGAAAAGGUCGAACCAGAGGCAUGUAGAUGUACGGACAUUUGUCCAGCUAUCCAUAAACCAGUAUGUGGUGAACACGGUGGAGUCUAUACGACAUUCCCCAAUUCAUGUACUAUGAAUAGCAUGGCUUGCAGACAAAAUAAAUCUCUUACAAAAGUUAAUCGUGCUAAAUGUCAACGCAAAUGCCCUGACAGUUGUCCUGGUGUGUAUUCUCCUGUAUGUGCUGAAUAUAAUGGAGCCUAUUCGACAUUCUCCAACAUGUGUACCUUGAAUAUGAUGUCCUGUGAAUUGGAUAAAACAUAUAUGCUUGCUCAUGAAGGUGCAUGUAGAGAAACUGCCAACGAUAAUUUCGUAUCUAUUCAAUAAUCUGUGUUAUAUUAGAAGUUAAUAUAGCUGUUUAUGUAUACAAAUUAAUUGAUGUUAAGUGGCAUAAUAAAACAUGGAAAAAAACAACAA